AUGCAUUUAAAAGAUUUCUGGGUAGACGAGGUGUGUCGAUGCAUAUAUUCCGAUAAUGCUACUAAUUUUAAAGUGGCUAAGAAUUUAAUGUAUGCUAAUUUAGAAGAUUUAGCUAAGGAUCCUGAUAUUUCAAAUUAUUUUCGUGACAUAGGGAUCAUUUGGCACUUCAUUCCCGCAAGAAGUCCUCACUUUGGUGAGAUUUGGGAAGCUGCCGUUAAAUUGGUGAUGAGAUCAAUCGUAAACUCAAGACCUUUACUUCCUUUAUCCUCUGACCCUCAAGAUUUGGAAUUAUUGACUCCGGGACAUUUUUUGAUUGACACGGCUUUAUUGGCAAUUCCUGAAGUAGAUGUUUCAAAAAUUCCUGCUAACGUAUUAACAAAUUACAAACAACUCCAAAAAUUAACCAAUCAUUUUGGAAAAGGUGGAGUAUUUGCAUACUCUGCAACAAAGGACGAAGUGGAGAUUCGAUCGAGAAGAUCUUGUGAAGGUUGGAAGUAUGGUUCUGCUCAAAGAUGA